AUGAGCACUAGGCGACAUAGAAGCAGAAUAGGAGUAUUGAUUUCUGCGGGAGUCAUCACGGCCUUAGCCAUCGGUUCAUCUUACGUGUGGCUGAAAAAGAGAACGUCUUCGGCAGACGCGAACUAUAGGAAACCUAAGUCUAUAUGUGUAGUGCUUACAGAAAGUUUGUUCAGCGGCAUAGAUUGGGCAAAACUUGCAAGUAUAGACUCUGUGAUUAUCCAGCCUCCAAAUUUUAAAGUGACAAUAGAUCAAGGAGUGUUUCCGGAACACAGAAUAAUCACCUGCGAGACGAAUGAGGGGGUCUGGUCUGUGGUGAGACACCUGAGGAAAGAUGAAUUAGUGGUAAGGACAGAGGAGUUUCAGCAAAUACCAAACGACAUCCACAGAUUUUCAAAACCCACUGAAGACCUGCCGUGA